AUGGAGUCCAACAGCAAAGGCAGAGGGUUCAUCAAGGCGAAGCUGACGCCGCUGUACCGAGCGGUCAAGCCGGCUGCAGCAGCCAUGCAAUACAUCGCCAAGGUUAAGCCAAACCAGGGUUCUUCUACAACAGCUUCGGUCGACUUUCGACUUUCCAGGGAGGACUACAUGAUUUCACAACCGAAGCGGAUCUCGUUCGUUGUACCUGCUGACAAGAACCGUAAAAAUUUAAGCCAUAUCGACAAUUUAUUCGGCGUUGUCGGCGACGAGUGUGUUGAUAUUAAGGCUGCAGCUUACAUCUCUUCUGUUCAAGAACGUUUCAAGCUUGAAAAACAACUCUAA